CAUCAAGGGAUUCAUCCAAGUCAUCUGCAGGAAACUUCAAGAAAGACUUUUUAUUCCCAGGGAUGUAGUGGACAAAAUCAGCACACUGAACAUUGCAAAUCACAAAAAAAAAAAAAAAAUGCUCAAUGCCUUCACUGUUCUGUGAAGGACAUGGAUAAAUCACUGAAAGCUAGUUUCAAAAAAUCAAGUUUUGAAAGCAGAAUAAAGCAUCUUCAGACCAAACCACAGGAUGUGCUGUUCAAACGACUGCAGGGCUGUGGGAAACAGUGUCCAUUCUGUCAAGCACUAUGUGAGGCUGGAGGAGAAGCCCACUCUAAACACUUUGUCUCAAUUCACAGACCAGAAGGUCUCGGCCGAUGCAGAUUUCAUAAUUCUAAACAACUAGUGACAGACAUCUGUACAUCAUCGGUGAACAGCAACUCAUGCUUUAAAUGCCAUGACACCAAAGAUCAGUGGCAUCCAUAUAAGGAAUACGAUACAAUCUAUCCAGACUGGCGUAUUGAUCGAGAGCCCAACAUAGAGCCAUCAGCAUACUGGAUAUAUGUGAUGGUACAAUUCAAUAACCGGUUUGCUGAAGAGUAUGAUGCAAAUCCUGCAGAUAUACCUUUAUCCUUGAAAGGCAUUACAAAGAUCCGGGCAGAUAAAAGCCUAAAGUAAACAUCAUCUAACUGGUGUCUGUGUGGUGUCUAUUCAAAUUAGUUUAGUUUAAGAUUUGUUUUUCUUAUAAUAAAAGCAUCAUUCAGUUGUUGUGAUAUACAUGUACGCUUGAUGAAAACAUAUUUUCACCUAUUUCACAUUUCACGUUUUCUUGAAAUCCUAAAACUGAAAAUGGUAUUUAAAAUGUGUGUGUGUAACUUGUUAUUUUUAUUUUUUUUUGUUGAGAACAAUUUUUAGAUUCACAAUGCUUUAAAUUUUACUUUCUGAUAAAUUUUUUAGUCAUAACUGUUUGUUUUCAUAUUUUUUUUGACUGAGUUUAAUUUGAAUAAAUUCAAUUUUGUCUAUUGUCUAUGUAAUUGUAUUUAGAGCUGGUAUUCUGUGUGUUACAUAUACAGGCAUGUUUGUAUGAGGUUAAUUAUUUGUAGAGAU